AUGACCGUGGUGGGUCUUAUCAACAAGGACAACGAGUCAACAUACAGAGAGGAGGUGCGAGAACUGUGCAGGCUGGGGGAGCAGGCUGACGCGUCUAUCAUCAAUCCCCCACACCACUACAUCCAUGUGCUGGAUCAGAAUACCAACAUUGCCCGUGUGGAGAUCGGACCACUCACCUACAUCCGCCAGGACAAUGAGAGGGUGCUCUUCCCCCCAAACCGCAUGACCAUGGUUCCCCCCCGCCAUUACUGUGUCAUCGUAAACCCGGUCGCCCGUGACGACGAGGGUCGGGUUCAGUUCGACGACGCUGGCCAAGCCAAGCUCCGCCAUGCUGACCUGGAGAUCCGCCUGACCCAGGACCCGUUCCCGCUCUACCCUGGGGAAGAGAUCCAGAAGGAAGUGACCCCACUGCAGAUUGUGUAUCCCGACACUGCCCUGCGCCUUCAGGCUCUGCUGGACUUUGAGGAGGAGGAGGGUGCUGAGAAGAGAGUGGCUGGGGAUGAGUGGCUGUUUGAGGGACCAGGGACGUACAUCCCUAGGAAGGAGGUGGCCGUGCUGGAGACCAUCAAAGCCACGGUGAUCCGCGAGAACCAGGCAAUUCGUCUCCGAGCUCGCAAAGAGGGCGUAGACCGCAGUGGCGUGCGCAGAGUAACUGGUGAGGAGUGGCAAGUUCGUAAGGUGGGAGCAUACCUGCCUGGAGCAAUUGAGGAAGUCAUCGACAUUGUGAAUGCUUUCAUCCUCAAUGACAAGAGCGCGCUACACGUGCGUGCGCUCCGCCCUUUCCGCGACGAAGGAGGGCGGGAGCGUCGCACGGGUGAGGAGUGGUUGGUGACGGUCGCCGACCGCGAAGCGCAUGUCCCCUCUGUCGCUGAGGAGGUCAUUGGGGUGGUCGACGUGACGACACUGAGCAGUAGGCAGUACUGUGUCAUCCUGGACCCGGUGGGGCCGGACGGCAAACCUCAGCUCGGACAGAAGCGGGUGGUGAAGGGGGAGCGGUCAUUCUUUGAGGCUGGCGAGCAUUUGGAGCAGGGCAUUCAGGAUGUGUAUGUGCUGUCCGAGGAUGAGGGUCUGGUCCUGCGUGCUGUGGAGGCCUUCACCGACACAGAGGCGCAAGAGGAGGAAGAGAGGGAGGAGGAGGAGGUACGCGCCAAAAAGGCCCGCGUCCAGCGUCGGCCUGGCGACCGCUGGAUGUUGCGUGGCCCCAUCGAGUAUGUCCCGCCUGUCACUGUUGAGGUCCUUCUGCAGCGGAACAGCAUCCCGUUGGACGAGAACGAGGGUAUCUACGUGCGCGACAUCAAGACCGGGAAGGUGCGGGCAGUGAUUGGUCAGACCUACAUGCUGACCCAUGAUGAGGAGCUGUGGGAGAAAGAGUUGCCUGUCAACGUGGAGGUGCUACUGGGCAGCACACGUGAUCCGCUGGCUGGUCGAUCUGAGCGCAAUCAGGAUGAUACCGGCGAACCAAGGGACAAAACCAGAGUGGUGUCCUUCCGCGUGCCCCAUAAUGCUGCUGUGCAGGUGUACGACUACAGAGAGAAGAAAGCCAGAGUGGUGUUUGGGCCAGAUUUGGUGAUGCUGGGUCCAGAUGAGCAGUUCACCGUACUCUCCCUGUCUGGCGACAAGCCCAAACGCGCCAAUGUCAUCAAAGCCAUCUGCCUGCUGCUUGGCCCUGACUUCUGCACUGACAUCAUCACCAUAGAAACUGCCGACCAUGCCCGUCUGCAGCUCCAGCUCUCCUACAACUGGCACUUUGACAUAAAGAGCCGCACAGAUCCGGCACAAGCCGCCACCCUGUUCUCCGUGCCUGACUUCGUGGGCGACGCCUGCAAGGCCAUCGCCUCCAGAAUCAGGGGAGCUGUGGCCUCUGUGCAGUUCGACGACUUCCACAAGAACUCGAACCGGAUCAUCUGCUCGGCCGUGUUUGGCUUCGACGAGAAGCUGGCGGUGCGUUCCAGUCUGCGGUUUGGCCAGAACGGCCUGGUGAUCAGCAGCGUGGACAUCCAGUCGGUGGAGCCCGUGGACCAGCGCACGCGUGACGCCCUGCAGAAGAGUGUGCAGCUCGCCAUUGAGAUCACCACCAACUCGCAGGAGGCCGCUGCUCGACACGAGGCGGAGCGUCUGGAGCAGGAAGCACGUGGCCGGCUGGAGAGGCAGCGGAUCAGUGACCAGGCGGAGGCUGAGAAGACCAGGAAAGAGCUACUGGAACUGGAGGCUCUCAGCGCUACGGUGGAGAGCACAGGAGCAGCAAAGGCUGAGGCUCAGUCCAGAGCAGAGGCAGCACGCAUCCAGGGAGAGGCAGCAGUCAGCGAGGCCAAGCUCAAAGCCGAAGCUCAGAAAAUAGAGGCGGAGGCGGAGUUGGCACGUCUGGCCAAAGCACGGGAGCAGGAGCUCAGCUAUAAGAAGAUGAUGGACUCUUUAGAGAUUGAGAAGCAACAAAAGCUGGCAGACAUUGAGAGCCACCGCUUCAAGCAGCUGGUGGAGUCUAUCGGCAGCGACACGCUGACGGAGAUGGCCAGAGCUGGACCGGAGCUGCAGGUGAAACUGCUGCAAGCUCUGGGUCUUAAGUCAACUCUGAUCACAGACGGCUCUUCCCCCAUCAAUCUGUUCACUACCGCUAAUGGGCUGCUGGGGGCGAUGAAGGCCAGUGAGAAAGAGUAAAGGAGCUAAGAAACCAAGAAAAGAAGAAAGAUUACGGAAAUUAUCAGAUGUGCCUCAGUAUGACCACAUAUGCUGUGUUUAGCUAGGUGCAAGUCUUGAUCUGGUUCAUCUCUGUAGUAAAAUCUUGUUCCAUUGCCUUAACCUGACAAAUAGUCGCUUAAGGCCCUCUAGUGUUCAGGUUUCAGGUAUCUCACAUCCACUCCGAAUUUAGACUAAUCUGACUACAUCAAAAUGACUUGCACCCAGCACUUUUUAUACAUGCAAUGAACCCCAAAUAUAACUUCCUUUUCCAUUUUUCAGCAAUAAAAAUUAAGCUGCAUGUUAAAA